AUGUCCUCUAAGCACGUCGUCUUUGAUAUCAUCGGCACCCUCGUGGCCUAUGACCAUGUUUUCGAUGCCAUUGAUGCCCGUCUAGGAGACCGAUUGCGAGCAGAGGGGAUCAAGCCUCGUCUACUAGGAUAUGCUUGGAUGGAGGUAGCCGAGCGUGAGUAUACCAAUCUCAGUCUCGCUCAAAGCUACGCCCCAUUUGGUGAAGUCUUCCGCGGUCUUUUCUACCGCAUACUCUGGAUGGCCGGUAUCGCUGAGCCGCGAGCCUGGGCUUCCCCCGAAGAUCUGGAGUAUAUCAUGGAGGAAUACCAACUUCUUGAGUUCCGUCCUGGGGCUGCAGAGUGUGUCCAGAAGCUCCGUGAUGCUGGAUUCACGGUGUGGGCGUUCACAGCGGCCGACAUCACCCGGGUUGGGGGCUAUUUCAAGCAGGCGGGAGUGGAGCUUCCUGCGGAGAACUUGCUCUCCUGUGAUGACGUCGGUGUCGGUAAGCCAGACUUGGCGGCUUAUCGUCCCUUGUUGGAGAAGUUGAAGUCGGAGAAUGAUGGGAAGACGCCUUGGUUUGCGGCGGCGCAUAUGUGGGAUGUCUCUGCGGCGAGAAGGGCUGGAUUCAAGGGAGCAUACUGCUCUGUGUGGGAGAAGGAGUCCUUGUCGGAACUAUUUGGAGAAAUGGAUGUGAUGGAGGAUACUUUGCCAGCUAUGGCGGAGAAGAUUAUCGCUCAUCAAGCGGCUUCUUGA